UAAAAGCGCUGCGCGUGGGUCACCUCAGCCUUGCGCACCGACUCCACGGCAGUGGGUACAACAAAGCCCACUGAUACGAUAAGACUUUUUUUUACUUUCUGUCUUUGUCAGUUUAUUUCUUUAGAGAGGGGAACUGUGCUUUCUUUUCACUUUUGGUUGUUUUUCUUUUUGUGCGUAAAAUGGCUGGUGUCCCACUCACGAGGGUUCUGGUGGCUUUGUGCGUGUGCAGCGCAGUGGUCCACGGUGUGCCAAAGAAUAAACGACAGAGUGGACAGUAUCAGGUGUAUCCUGAUUUCCACGACACCGAGGCUGUCAGCACAGUUGGCUGCGAGGAAAGCGGUCGCUCAUUCAGAGUGAACGAGCAGUGGGAGAAACCUUACCUGGGCAGCACGCUGUUAUGCACCUGCAAUGGAGCACAAGCCAUCAAAUGUAAAACUAAGCCUGAAGUGGAGGAGUCUUGUCAUGAUAAGUACAAUGACCGGACAUACCGGGUUGGUGAAACUUACGAGAGACCAAAGGACGGAAUGAUGUGGGACUGCACUUGCAUCGGAUCUGGUCGGGGCAAGAUCAGCUGUACCAUCGCAAAUCGUUGCCAUGAAGGCGGAAGGUCUUACAAAAUCGGUGACACCUGGCAGAGGCCUCAUGAUACUGCUGACUACAUGCUGGAGUGUGUGUGUCUUGGAAAUGGCAAGGGAGAGUGGACCUGCAAGCCUGUGGCUGAGCGUUGCUACGACAACAAUGCCGCCUCAUCGUAUGUGGUGGGGGAGACAUGGGAGAAACCCUACCAAGGUUGGAUGAUGCUGGACUGUACUUGCCUGGGCGAGGGAAAUGGCCGUAUCACGUGCACCUCAAGGAAUCGUUGCAAUGACCAAGACACCAAAAGAUCCCACCGCAUUGGAGACACAUGGUCAAAGAAUGAUGCCAAUGGGCACACACUGCAGUGCUUGUGUUUGGGAAACGGUCGUGGAGAGUGGAAGUGUGAGCGCCACAACGCAGGCCAAGGCACAGGUUCGGUGGUGGUGAGCCCACUCCAUCCUCAGCUGGAGCUCGAGAUUCCCAUUGAAGGAACCUGUCGCACGGACUCCGGAGCCACCUACUACGACGGACAGCGUUGGAUCAGGAGCCAGGGCAGCAAGCAGAUGCUCUGUACUUGUCUGGGUAACGGAGUCAGCUGUCAGGAGUGGGAGGCCCGCAACCAGGUGUACAGUGGCAACUCCAACGGCCAGCUAUGCGUCUUCCCAUUUGUGUUCAUGGGGAAGACCUACUACUCGUGCACCACGGACGGACGCACAGAUGGCCAGCUCUGGUGUUCCACCACCUCAGACUAUGAGCGAGACCAGCAGUACUCUUAUUGUACUGAGAAAAAUGCCAUUGUGGCCACACGAGGAGGCAACUCCAAUGGCGCCCUUUGCCACUUUCCCUACCUGUACAGCGGCCGCAACUACACAGACUGCACAUCGGAUGGCCGUCGUGAUAGUAUGAAGUGGUGCGGCACCACGUACAACUAUGAUGCUGAUCAACACUUUGGAUUCUGCCCUAUGGCUGCCCACGAGGAGGUGUGCACCACUAACGACGGAGUCAUGCACCGCGUUGGUGACAAAUGGGACAAACGACAUGACGUCAUGGGGCACAUGAUGGAGUGCACAUGCCUCGGAAAUGGUCGGGGGGAGUGGAAUUGUAUCGCUCACUCACAACUGCGAGAUCAGUGUAUUGUGGAGGGCUUGACCUAUGACGUCAAUCAGGAGUUCUCCAAGCGCCACGACGAGGGCUACAUGUUGAACUGUACUUGCUAUGGGCAAGGACGCGGACGCUGGAAGUGUGAUGCUAUUGAUCAGUGUCAGGAGCCACAGACAAGGGCGUUCUAUCAAAUCGGAGAGUCAUGGGACAAAGUCAUCCAUGGCAUCAACUAUCGCUGUUAUUGCUAUGGCAACGGGAUUGGAGAAAUGAGGUGUGAACCCCAGCAGAAUCACCAAGGCGGCCAUAGGCCAGUUCAGGUCAUCAUCACGGAGGCGGGCAAACAGCCCGACUCGCACCCCAUCCAGUGGGACCCCCCCUCAUCUGUUCAGAUCACGCAGUACAUCCUCAAAUGGAAGAUUAAAAAUUCUCGUACCCCCUGGAAGGAGGUGGUCGUUCCCGGUAACCUCAACUCCUACACCAUUUCCGGUCUGCGUCCGGGGGUCACCUAUGAGGGUCAGCUGAUCAGCAUCUUGCGCUACGGACAACGUGAGACCACACGUUUCGAUUUCACCACCACCCAUGGUUCUUUGGAAACCUCGGAGGGAGAGACAAAAAAACCUCCACCGCUGGUCGACACCUCCGAAUCUGUGACGGAAAUCACUUCAAACAGCUUCGUCGUGUCCUGGACGUCGGCUUCGGCCACCAUCUCCGGCUUUAGGGUGGAGUAUGAGCUCAGCGAGGAAGGUGCACAGCGGCAAGUCUUGGAUCUUCCUCGAACAUCCACUUCUGUCAGCAUCGGUAACCUCCUGCCAGGGCGCAGAUACAACGUUAACGUCUACGAGCUUCCGGACGAGGGCGAUGCCAACCUCAUCCUGUCAACAUCCCAAACGACAGCUCCUGACACUCCUACUCAGCACGCUCUCGAUGAUGUGGGAGAGACCUCGAUCCGCUUCAGAUGGUCCAGACCUCAAGCUCCUAUUACUGGUUACCGUGUGGUCUACACGCCAUCCGUGGAGGGCAGCAGCACCGAGCUGAACCUGCCCGAGUCAGAGACCUCUGUGACCCUGGUUGACCUUCACCCGGGUGUACUGUACAACAUCAGCAUCUUUGCUGUGGAGGAGAACCAGGAAAGUGAGCCUGUUUUUGUCCAAGUCCAUACGGCUGGAUCUUCUCAACCAGAGGAGGUGGCAGCCCCCACCGACUUGCAGUUUUAUGAGGUCACCGAUGUGAAGAUCACCCUCACAUGGAAUGGACCACCCAGCGAGGUGACGGGUUACAGGGUGACCUUUUCCCCCGUGGCGCCCGACGGCACCGAGAUCAGACCCCUCCAGUUGCCGGUGUCGCCCAACGCCUAUGCUGACAUCACCCACCUGCAGCCAGGCACUCUGUACCGCUUCUACGUCUAUGCCAUUAACGGGGGUGUGGAGAGCGAGCCACUGAUGGGAGAGAUGUUUACCAAACCAGAUGCUCCCACCAGCGUGCAGUUCACCGACAUCGGCCCAGACAACGCUCUGGUUACUUGGGAAGCUCCCCGUGCCUCAGUAUCUGGCUAUCGUCUCUUCUUGAGUAUCCAGGGCUCCAGUCCUGUCGAGAAGCGAAUCCCCGGUGAUGUCACCCAAUACGCGCUGAGGAAUUUGCGUCCUGAAACCGAUUAUACUGCUACUCUGCACUCUGAGCUGAACAGUGUGCUUAGUGAGCCCAUUACCACGCUUUUCACCACAGCUCCCCAAAUGGGAAAUGCACCUGCGUUCAGCACAGAGGUCACCGAUACCUCCAUCAUCAUCUCCUGGAUACCUGUCCGCAGGUUUAGCUACAAGCUGUCUGUGCUCCCCAGCCAGCAAGGAGAGUCUCCAAAACACAAGACCUCUGACACUGGGCGCCUUUAUGUAAGCGGUUUGAUUCCCGGAACUCAGUACACAUACAGCGUUCAGCCCAUCUUCAAUGGACGCCCUCGUGGAAGCGCCAUCACCCGCAACGUUGUCACCUCUUUGUCUCCUCCCACUGACCUGAGAGUCCAGUCCAACUCUGACACAGGAGAUCUCGCUGUCCACUGGACGGCCUCCAAAACAGCAGACAUCACCGGCUACAGAGUGUCCAGCACGCCUACCAGUGGACAGAAAGGAAACAGCAUCGAGGAAUUUGUGAGGGCUGAUCAAACCUCAUGCGUGCUUGAGAACCUCAAUCUUGGGGUGGAGUACAACAUUAGCGUGUUCACCGUCAAGGAGCAUUUGGAAAGUCUGCCCGUGUCCACUAUUAUCACCCCAGACAUACCUCCACCGAGACAUAUUCGCUUUGUCGACAUUACUGACACCACCAUUGGCCUGCGCUGGAUCCCACUGAACUAUUCGACCAUAACGGGUUACCGGAUAACGGUAGCGACGGCGGGCGAGAACGUGCCCAUUUUUCAAGAUAUGGUGGACGCAUCGGCUGGUUAUUACACGCUCCGUGGUUUGGAGCCCGGCGUGGACUAUGACAUCAGUAUCGUCACAGUUAUGGAAGAGGGGGAAAGCGAGCCAACCACACACACAAAGCAAACUCAAGCGGUGAUUCCAGCUCCAACCAACUUGCAGUUCGGAGGUGUGGGUCCUGACCACAUCAGGGUCACAUGGACAGUCCCACACGUUGCCACUCCGAGCGACAUUUCUCGCUUUGUCAUCCGCUACAGCCCUGUGACUGACGACCGCGAUUUUAAGGAGGUCAACGUGGGCGGAGCCUCCAACACCUUCUUGCUGGAGAAUUUGCUUCCUGACACAGAAUAUCGCAUUAGUGUGGUGUACAUUUAUGGAGAGCGAGAAAGCAACCCUGCCACAGCGACACAGAGGACAGCUGUGGAUUCCCCAACUGCUUUGGACUUUUCUGACAUCCAAACCAACUCCUUUACCAUUAAGUGGCGGGCUCCAUCCGCUAGCAUCACGGGUUACCGGAUCCGCCAUCAGAAGACAAGUGGUGGGCGCACCAAGGAUGAGAGACUUCCCCCUAGCAGGACUUAUUACACUCUGACCGGGCUGACUCCUGAGACCGAGUACCUCAUCGCUGUGUACGCUGUCAAUGGCAACCAGGAGAGCCAACCUGUGACGGGCACACAGGCCACCAUUUCUGAUGCUCCCACUGACCUGGAAGUCGUGUCGUCUUCGCCCACAAGCAUCACCAUUCGAUGGGACGCUCCCUCUGUUGCCGUCAAUCAAUACCGGAUCACUUACAGAGGCACAGGUGGGGGAGCUCCUCAAGAGUUCACCAUCCCUGGCACUCAGACCACAGCCACCAUCACCGAUCUGCAGCCGGGUAGCGACUACACCAUCACUGUUUAUGCUGUUACCGGAAGAGGGGAUAACCCCGCCUCCAACACCCCGGUCUACAUCACACAUAAGACUGAUAUUGAGCCGCCCGCUAGCAUGGAUGUGACUGAUGUGAGCGACAAUGCAAUCACAGUACGCUGGGCUCCUGCUCGGGGGCCCAUCACAGGCUAUAGAGUCACUGGCGCACCUAAAAAUGGCCUUGGACCAUCCUACUCAAGGGACGUGUCUCCCGCUCAAACUGAGAUGACCCUCACAGGCUUGAUGCCAACUGUUGAAUACGUUGUGAGCGUCUCUGCCCUGGGUACUGAUGGCCAGCCUUCCUCUGCAGUGGUGGAAAAUGCCAUCACAGCGAUGGAUCGUCCAAAGGACCUGACCUUCUCUGACAUCGAUGCCAACUCUAUGCGCAUCGCUUGGGACAGUCCAGAGGGCGCAGUCACAUCCUACCGCGUUCUCUACUCCAGCCCCGACGAUGGCGAGAGGGAGCUGCGUCCGUCACCCAGAGGCGAUCAGGAUAGCGUGGCCAUAAAAGGCCUUCGGGCUGGAACGGAGUACACUGUCAAAGUCAUUGCUCUCCAUGGCCGCACACCCAGCACACCAUUGGUGGGAACGCAAGCCACAGUCAUCCCAGCUCCCACCAACCUGCUCAUCUCAGAGGUGGAGCCCACUUCCUUUGCCGCGUCGUGGCAGGCACCUAACGCACGGCUGUUGGGAUACCGUGUGGUUGUCAACCCAGAGAACAUCAACAGUCCCGCCAAGGAACUCAAUGUUUCUCCUGACACAACACGCGUGGUCAUACCCGGGCUUAUGGUAGCCACCAGAUACCAGGUCCAUGUCUAUGCUCUGAAAAACUCCGUCACCAGCAGACCACUGGUGGGAGAGGCAACCACACUGGAAGAUGUAAGUCCGCCUAAGCGUGUGCGUAUCAUGGAUGUGAGGGACAGCUCUUUCACCCUCAGCUGGCGUGCUAAGGUGGAAACCAUUACCGGUUUGCUCCUUGAGGCCACGCCCCAGGGUAGCUCCCGUCCCACUGUCACCGAGACCAUCCCAGCAGAUGUAUACACAUACACCGUCAAAGGUCUCAAGCCAGGCACCACAUAUUCCAUUAACCUGUACACUCUGAACGGCAACACAAGGAGCGCCCCGAUGACACUUAUUGUCCAAACAGCUAAACCGGUCGUCCAAGCUCCCACCAACCUUCAAGUGACGUCUUUGAACCCCACCGACAUCUCAUUCACCUGGCAACCUCCAGCCACGUCCAUCACGGGUUACUACGUCACCUACGGGGAGCCCAGAGCCACUCCACAGGAGCUGAAGCCACGGCCCCACGCUGGACAGAACUACGCCACCAUAUCUGGCCUGAAACCAGCCACAGAGUACAUCAUCAAGAUUGUUGCCAUCCAGAACACACAGAGAAGCACUCCACUUGUGGGACGAAUCAGGACUCAACCUGACUCCUUGCUCCCCGUGCCGCAACCCCAUCGCCCUGGAGGUACCACUGAUCUGGACAAAAGAGUUCAGCUCGUGGGAAAUAAUAACCAGGAUGGUCUCGGUGGUCAGAGCCAGCAUGUGGAGUAUACUGAGUACAACAACAAAAACCGGCCCACCCCGCAGACCCCGUACGGCCAAGUUCAAGAGCCCCUAGUUUUUGUGCCCCUCCCUGACGACGGUGGCCGGCGCAAGCCCUACGUGAAGCUCAAUGUGCCCUAUGGCACCAUCUUUGCCAACGAGACAGGUCUCCCGCAGGAGGCUCAAACAAGAACUUCCAUUUCCUGGAACCCGUACAGUCAGAGCAACGCGUACUUGGUCUCUUGCAAUCCAGUAACACAUUUAGAUGAGAAAAUGUUCCAGGUACGCUUACCAGGCUCCGCCACGACCGCCACGCUGAUCGGCCUCACCCCUGGGGCUGACUACAACGUGAUUGUGGAGGCUCUGAAGGGAGCGCUCAAACACAAGGUCCUUGAGCAGCUUGUUACCGCUGAAAACACCGUCCAAGAGGGAGUUCCUCCGUCAGACGACGCCUGCUACGACACCUUCACCGCAACCUACCACGAUGUCGGCACUCAGUGGGAACGCAUGUCCGAGACGGGCUUCAAGCUGUGGUGCACGUGUCUGGGCCUCGGAAGGGGACACUUCAGAUGUGACUCCUCUAAGUGGUGCCAUGACAACGGGCAAAAUUACCGCGUCGGAGACAAGUGGGACCGCCAGGCCGAGAACAAUCACUUGAUGAGCUGCACUUGCCUGGGCAAUGGCAAAGGAGAGUUCAAGUGUGAACCACAUGAAUCAGUGUGCUACGAUGAAGGCAAAACAUUCCAAGUGGGCAACCAGUGGCAGAAAGAGUACCUGGGCGCCAUUUGCACCUGCACAUGCUACGGCGGACAGCAGGGCUGGCGAUGCGAGAACUGUCGCAAACCGGCAUCGGACGCCGACGCCGGUGUAGUGCAACCUGUUCAAUACGGCAAGAACAUUCACUGCCCCAUUGAAUGUCUCCGACCCGGCCUUCUGGCAGACACGCUGGUGGUCCGGGAUCCUCUGGAGUGAGAGAAGCGCCCGUCGGACCGACCGCUUUGCUCCCUUAUUGUCUGAUUACUGCACUGCCCGAACCCAGAGAUGUCGUUGUCUGCCGUGGCGCAAACGGCCUAAUCAUUUUCUGACACAUGCUCAUCCAAUGUUAAACUGCACUUCUGCCUGAUCAACAUGAUCCCUUCACUCAUGACCAUUUCUAACUUGGCUCUAUUUAGCGCAACGGCCAUUACAGCUCAGCUCAGUAACUCAAUGUGUGUUUCAGGCAUAGUUUUGUUAAACAUUGUUGCGUUUCAAAGCAUUCCGCUACUGCUGGCAAGAGGGGUCACACUGUCUCUUACUAAUUUAUCCCUUUAAUUUCUGUGUGUGAAUGUGGGUGGAAUUGUCGCUGUUCUAUUUUUGUAUCUUGUUGUCCAUGCCAAAGUUGUUUCUACUCGACAGAAAGUCUCUUAUUGUAAUAAAGUUGGAAAGAUCCAAGAUCAAAGC